ACCAAUCAAUGAGAACAUCACGAUACAAUUGUCUUUCAUUUUGUCCAUCGCCCAUUUGCCGGGGCAAAUUUUGUGCAUGCGGCAGCUUCGAGCUUCCGAUUUGGCAAUUGACCGUCUUUUAUCAUGUUUAUUUUUAUUUGGCUAGCAAUAAAAUUACCCCUUACCGCAUGUUUUGAUCUGGAAAUUGGAAAUUCGAUUAUUUUUCUUUCCAUUUGUGUACAGCAUGGGUACAGCAAUGCAGCGGUGAUUAUAAAUAGCACUGCAUCGUCCUCGAUCACUUGUGUUUUCGUUCCUAUGUACGAUUUGUUUUGUGGUAUUUGCUCAAACAAUUCUAAAAAUCAGAAGGCCGAAUCAUGGACUCCUACUCGCUGUCAAGCAGCUCAUCAAGUCUAAUGAGUGAAAUCACCGAGCUAUUCCCAGAACUGAAGACAACAUGUGAUUCCAUUGAAGUUCUCAACUCUCAUAAGACUAGUGGCGACGACAGUGUUAUUCAGGAUGGAUGUGAGACCGAUGAUGUAUUCGAGAAAAAGUCAUCAUCUUAUUCGAACAGACUGCAGGUGCUCAAUGAAGCGGUCAUCAAGAAGUUGUCAUCAAAAGUCAAAUGCCAAAGGCUAACAAUGAAAGAUGUCGGAACAUUUGACAAAUGCAAACGAGUUAAGAUCAACGAUCUGCAAGAGAUUGGUCGAGGAACCUAUGGAAGAGUGCUCUUGGGGCGACACAUCCAGACAAAGAGGGCUCUGGCAAUCAAACAAUCUUGCAGAUCACAAAACCACCACGCGUCCAACGAAAUGGUCAAUGAGUCCAAUGACGCGAUCAGUGCACGGGUACAGAAAGAGGCAGUUGUCCACCAACUUCUAUCCGACAGUCAGUACUUUCCGAGGUUUUUAGGCACGCUCGAUCUCGACAACGACCCUUGCUUGGCAAUAGAAUUUGUUGGAAAUCAAAAGUCAGGAACCACCUUCUCUCUACUCGAGCCCCCGCCUUUGUCUGUGGCAAACGGCCUCGACAUCGCAGAGGAUGUCGUGCGAGGAAUGAUGGAGCUUCACGACCAAGGACUCCUGCACAACGAUCUUAAGACCGAUAAUGUCCUUCUCGAGAAAAGAGGUCAUAGUUACCACGCUGUCAUCAUUGACUUCGGUAUGGUCAGCACGAUCUCGUCGCCGUUACGGAUGACGGAGCUUCCAGAAGAAUUGAAAGUAGCAUACAUCCACGGAGAGGAGGGUGAUUACGUAGCCCCUGAGGUCGUUCUACAUGGACAGUCAACAUCGAUUUCAUCGGAUGUAUUCUCAGUUGGCAAAAUCCUUGAAGACAUCACAAAAGUUGUAGAAGACAGAUGUCCACUUCUGAAAGAUCUAACAUCCUUAGCCAUCAAAUGCAUGAAGAGGAAUCCACAGUCAAGAUCGGACCUUCCCUUUGUUCUCGAUCAUAUCACUUCCUUGAAGAAACAAGUGGAUCGCCGACAACUUCCACUCUGGAAAAGACUUGUUAAAAAACAUCGAUGAAGAGAAGUUUAACAAAAGCAAAAUCUUUCCGAGCAAAAUAUUUGGACCAUCAAUAUUUAAACAGAUUUAUUAUGCAGACAUAUAUGAUUGAUAUAUUAUGAAGUCGUACUGGGUACUAUCUAUAAACGGUUCCACGAUGGUUGUCAAGCAAGGAAGUCGGCCAGGGAAUGUUAGCCGACUGAUGAGUUUGCAGAAGCAAAUGGAUUACCUGCAUGAGGAGCGUUCAUAAAAUGACUUGUCAGAAGUUUUAACAUUUUUUCCGACAAGUCCCCAAUAGUUACCAUAGUAACAAUGCUUCUCAGCCAAUCAAAUUCAAGAAAAGAGGUAUGGGGAGCGUUUCAUGAAGGACUUGUAAGACGUUUUAUCCGAUAAGUAGUGAUUUAUCUGACAUUAUAACACUGUCUCUUAGCCAAUCAUAUAAUCAAGGAAGUUGUCAGACAAGACAACUUAUCGGAUGAAAAUGUUAAUGAAACGCUUCUCGGAUUUAAAACCCUUUUGGACGAAAACUAUUGAUGAAAUACCCCUGAUCAACACAAUUUUUACCCGAUAAAUAGUAAUAGAAAUAUUGUAAUUGUAAUUUCGAUUGAUGAUGUAUUUAUAAUAGUGUUUUCAGUGCGCAGGCGCAUAACUUGCUUUUUUUUAAAUCUUAUUUAAGAAGUAUUUAUUGUUUUCAUUCAUUAUAUUCAUGGGAUAAUAAAAAAAAUCUAGUAUUUUAUGAAUAAGUAUUCUCAUCGAAGAACAUUAUACAGUACACGUUAUAAUAAUCAUUCCGAAAGAUAUGAAAAGUAGAUGGAUUUAACAUAAAUGAUUGAUUCAU